AUGGGCUCCCAUUCGGUAUUCCCCUUUUUACACCUUCCUGCUGAGCUCAGGCUCGAGAUCUACAGGCAUGCCUGGACUGUUUCAGAGGAAGACCACGUGUACCGAGCCUACUACCCUUACGACGACAGCAAUUUGGGCCUCACAGUCGACUACCUGAAAGCUCAACUUUCGGCAAUCCGCAAAUUGGGUGCCAUCAGCCAGCGCAUCCGUACGGAGUCUUAUUCGGAAUAUUUCGACCACACGCAAAUCAUGCUCCGCUACGAUUGCGUCGUAGACAUCGACGACUCCAUUGGUGAUCACGUCUGGGAUGACCGCAACAGAAGCGCGCUGUAUAUCAUCGGCAGCUCAUACCUGCUUCAGACCCAGGCGCGGCACGUCUACCUGCAUUGGCCCGCUCGUUCAGAAUACCAUAUACUCUAUGCACUUUUUGGCGUGACGCGUGUGGACAUCCGGAUGCGAGAAGAGCUGCUCAACGAGCAGUGGGCUUUUGGGUGUCUCUCUCGCUUCAGGAACCUGAGAAGUCUGGAUGUUCAUAUGUGUGAAGGCUUGGUCGAUCUCAUGGGCGGAAAGAAACUCAAGCGCUUGCUUUAUGACGGCGACCGCCGCGCAAAGCUGAUCGAGGCGUUGAAGACGCACCAUCAAAAAUUGGAGAAGGCGGUUGUGCGGACGGAUCUUGACGAUCCCGAAGAUAUCAAGGAUUUGAAUGAGCUUCAUGCAUUCAAGUGGUGGCGCCGACUCAAGAAGGACAUUGCAGUUUUGGCCUCCGAAGGCCCUUCCAGCGCGGUAUGUACAUGA